AUGGGAUUACAGCUAAGGAUGCCUCGGCCAACGACCUUUUGCGGGCUCAUGAGUCUUCAAACAGGCGCCGAAAUGAUUGCUUUGUCGUUGCUGUUCAACAAGGCCACAGGUCUUUACGGUUUACUCGCGGUUCUGACCGGCUAUCACUUGACGGCCGUCCAAUUCUCGCUAUACGUCUACUCGGUCGUCGCGCUCGGCAUCCUCGCAUUCUGCCUGCCGCAUAUCCGAAAACAAACGCCGUUCCAAAACCUCGCCUUCGCCUGGCUCUAUAUCAUCGACACGCUCGUGAAUACAGCGUACACUACGUUGUUUGCGGUGAGCUGGUUUCUAGCUCUGGACAAAGUUGGAGCCAAGCCGGCGGAGCCAACAGAGACGGAUGAACCACCCGAGGGUGGUUUCUUGGGCGCAAUUGACACUACAGCCAGCAUGACAUUCGUCGUGCUGUUCACGCUCAUCCGCGUCUACUUCAUGUUCGUCAUUAUGGCCUACGCACGCUCAGUGUUGCUCCAGUACCGAGAGGGCGCUGAUCAGCAAAAUUGGGACGACGAAUCCCAGUCUGUUGAAAACCCUUUCGCACAAGGUAUGGCAGAAGGCGAAGGUUGGAAAGGCAAGGUGGGCCGAAAGAUGGUUUCUGUGGGCAGAAGUUACUGGCUUCCUAGUCUUGCGGAAAGGGAUGAGUGGGCGAGAAGCAUGAACUCAAGGUUCCGUGGCAAGGCCGCUGUCGCGUGA